AUGUCCUGUCAUGCAAAGCUUAUUGGUAAGCAGACACCCCUUUUGACUAGGACAUUAUUGUUAUCUGGGUGGGUUCGAUUAUGUUUCUAUAAUAUUGAUUUUAAGAAUCCUGUAUCGAUAACUUUGAAAAUCAAGCGUGAGAUACAUGCAAAUAAUAAUAAGGGUGAUGGUUGUAAAAGAAACCAAUACAAACCACAAAAAGUAGCUAAAGAAGAAAAAAAGGCAUUGAACCUACUUAAAGGAUGUGUGAUCUUGUAUAUUAUGCUACCUCUUCUUGAUAACAAGAUCCUUUCUGAUGCGCUAUACUCUAAUAUCCAGCCUUCCUUAAGGACAAACCUCUUUUGUUGGGACCUGCAAAUAAUUUUACACUUCCAUAUCCAGAUUAUAAUUCCUGGAAUAUUUAUUCGUGAAAAAAACAUUGUUUUGUGCGAUACUGGCUGGUGGGCCGGAAGGCAAGAGUUGGAUUACCUGAAGCGCAAUACCCCAUUCAACGGUGGUUGUAUAGAUGCUCAGGCAUAA